AUCGCGCGUGCGCACUGUCCGCUUCCCGCCUCCAACAAGAUGGCGAAGGCCCUGUGCUGAGGGGGCGGAGUGUGGCUGCCGGAAACCCGGCCGCUACCUUGAGGGAGCUUCGGGCGAAGGCCCGGGAGCAGCGGACCGAAGCUGGCGCGAUGCUGUUCCCGGGGAGCGCAGUCGGCUACCGCUGAGGAAGGUGGAGCUAGGAGUUGCCUUUUCAGCGCCCCCUAUGUACGCCUCCCUGCGCUCGGGGCCGGUCGCCGCGUUGCCCGCCUCCGUACCGCCCGUGACUCUCGGGGCCCGGAGCUCCGGCGGCGGCCGGGGUCGUGUCCCGGGGGAGGGGAGGCGCCCGGGCGGCGCCCGAGCUUGCGGCCGCGGAGCGAGCGUCUGGCAGGUCCCAGGGUAGCCAAGGAUGGCUGCAGCGUCAUAUGAUCAGUUGUUAAAGCAAGUUGAGGCACUGAAGAUGGAGAACUCAAGUCUUCGACAAGAGCUAGAAGAUAAUUCCAGUCAUCUCACAGAACUGGAAACUGAGGCGUCCAAUAUGAAGGAAGUACUUAAGCAGCUACAGGGGAGUAUUGAAGAUGACACUAUGACUUCUGGACAGACUGACUUACUAGAGCGUCUUAAAGAAUUUAACUUAGACAGCAAUUUCCCUGGAGUGAAACUACGCUCAAAAAUGUCCCUUCGCUCCUAUGGAAGUCGGGAAGGAUCUGUAUCAAGCCGUUCAGGAGAAUGCAGUCCUGUCCCCAUGGGGUCAUUCCCAAGAAGAACAUUUGUAAAUGGAAGCAGAGAAAGUACUGGAUAUUUAGAAGAGCUUGAAAAAGAAAGAUCAUUACUCCUUGCUGAUCUUGACAAAGAAGAAAAGGAAAAGGAUUGGUAUUAUGCUCAACUUCAGAACCUUACGAAAAGAAUAGAUAGCCUGCCUUUAACUGAAAAUUUUUCCCUGCAGACUGACAUGACAAGGCGGCAGCUGGAAUAUGAGGCAAGGCAGAUCCGGGCUGCCAUGGAGGAGCAGCUCGGCACCUGCCAGGACAUGGAGAAGCGCGCACAGCGAAGAAUAGCCAGGAUUCAGCAAAUAGAGAAGGACAUACUCCGUGUACGGCAGCUGUUGCAGUCCCAAGCCGCCGAAGCGGAGAGGUCAUCUCAGAACAAGCAUGACGCCGCCUCCCAUGAAGCUGAAGGGCAGCGUGAAGGUCAUGGAGUGGCAGAGAGCGGCCUGGCAACCUCUGGUAGUGCCCAGAGUUCAGCUGCACGUGUGGAUCACGAAACAGCCAGUGUUUUGAGUUCUAGCGGCACACACUCUGCUCCUCGAAGGCUGACGAGUCACCUGGGGACGAAGGUGGAAAUGGUGUAUUCAUUGUUGUCAAUGCUUGGUACUCAUGAUAAGGAUGAUAUGUCACGAACUUUGCUAGCUAUGUCUAGCUCCCAAGACAGCUGUAUAUCCAUGCGGCAGUCUGGAUGUCUGCCUCUCCUCAUCCAGCUUUUACAUGGCAAUGACAAAGACUCUGUGUUGUUGGGAAACUCCCGGGGCAGUAAGGAGGCUCGGGCCAGGGCCAGUGCGGCCCUCCACAACAUCAUUCACUCACAGCCUGACGACAAGAGAGGCAGGCGUGAAAUCCGAGUCCUUCAUCUUUUGGAACAGAUCCGAGCUUACUGUGAAACCUGUUGGGAGUGGCAGGAAGCCCAUGAGCAAGGCAUGGACCAGGACAAGAAUCCAAUGCCAGCUCCUGUUGAACAUCAGAUAUGUCCUGCCGUGUGUGUUCUAAUGAAGCUUUCAUUUGAUGAAGAACAUAGGCAUGCAAUGAAUGAACUCGGUAGGAAGGCUUCCCGGGGCAUUUCAUCACAGGAGCUAGGUCAGGGGCUUUCAGGGGGACUGCAGGCCAUUGCAGAGUUAUUGCAGGUGGACUGUGAAAUGUAUGGGCUUACUAAUGACCACUACAGUGUUACUUUAAGACGGUAUGCUGGAAUGGCUUUGACAAACUUGACCUUUGGAGAUGUUGCCAACAAGGCUACGCUGUGCUCUAUGAAGGGCUGCAUGAGAGCACUAGUGGCCCAGUUAAAAUCCGAAAGUGAAGACUUGCAGCAGGUUAUUGCAAGUGUUCUGAGGAAUUUGUCUUGGCGAGCAGAUGUAAAUAGCAAAAAGACGUUGAGAGAAGUUGGAAGUGUGAAAGCAUUGAUGGAAUGUGCUUUGGAAGUUAAAAAGGAAUCAACCCUCAAAAGCGUCCUGAGUGCCUUAUGGAACCUGUCUGCACACUGCACUGAGAACAAGGCUGACAUAUGUGCUGUGGACGGAGCGCUGGCAUUCCUGGUUGGCACCCUCACCUACCGGAGCCAGACGAAUACUUUAGCCAUUAUUGAAAGUGGAGGUGGGAUAUUACGGAAUGUGUCCAGCUUGAUAGCUACGAACGAAGACCACAGGCAAAUCCUAAGAGAGAACAAUUGCCUGCAAACUUUAUUACAGCACUUGAAAUCCCACAGCUUGACAAUAGUCAGUAAUGCAUGUGGCACUUUGUGGAACCUCUCAGCCAGAAAUGCUAAAGACCAGGAGGCCCUGUGGGACAUGGGGGCAGUGAGCAUGCUCAGGAACCUCGUUCACUCCAAGCACAAGAUGAUCGCCAUGGGAAGUGCCGCAGCUCUGCGGAACCUCAUGGCAAACAGACCUGCAAAGUACAAGGAUGCUAAUAUCAUGUCUCCUGGUUCGAGUCUGCCGUCCCUUCACGUGAGGAAACAGAAAGCUCUAGAAGCAGAGUUAGAUGCCCAGCAUUUAUCAGAAACCUUUGACAACAUUGACAACUUAAGUCCCAAGGCGUCUCAUCGUAGUAAGCAGAGACACAAGCAGAAUCUUUAUGGUGACUAUGUUUUUGACACCAAUCGCCAUGAUGAUAAUAGGUCAGACAAUUUUAAUACUGGAAACAUGACUGUUCUUUCACCAUAUUUAAAUACUACAGUAUUGCCCAGCUCUUCUUCAUCAAGGGGAAGUUUAGAUAGUUCUCGUUCUGAGAAAGACAGAAGUUUGGAGAGAGAACGAGGUAUUGGCCUCAGUGCUUACCAUCCAGCAACAGAAAAUCCAGGAACUUCUUCAAAACGGAGUUUGCAGGUCACUACCACUGCAGCCCAGAUAGCCAAAGUUAUGGAAGAAGUAUCAGCCAUUCAUGCCUCCCAGGACGACAGAAGUUCUGCUUCCACCACUGAGUUCCCUUGUGCGGCAGAUGACAGGAGUGCAGCACGAAGAAGCGCUGCCUCCCACACACAUUCCAACACAUACAACUUCACCAAGUCGGAAAACCCAAGUAGGACAUGCUCCAUGCCUUAUGCCAAGGUGGAAUAUAAAAGGUCUUCCAAUGACAGCUUAAAUAGUGUCACUAGUAGUGAUGGAUAUGGUAAAAGAGGCCAAAUGAAACCCUCAGUUGAAUCCUAUUCAGAAGAUGACGAAAGUAAGUUUUGCAGUUACGGUCAGUAUCCAGCUGACCUGGCCCAUAAGAUACACAGUGCAAAUCAUAUGGAUGACAAUGACGGAGAACUGGACACACCAAUAAAUUAUAGUCUCAAAUACUCAGAUGAGCAGUUGAACUCAGGAAGGCAGAGUCCCUCACAGAAUGAACGGUGGGCAAGACCCAAGCAUGUGAUAGAAGAUGAAAUAAAGCAGAACGGGCAAAGACAAUCAAGAAGCCAGAACACCAGUUACCCUGUCUACUCUGAGAACACUGAUGACAAACACCUCAAAUUCCAACCACAUUUUGGACAACAAGAGUGUGUUUCCCCAUAUAGGUCUAGGGGAACCAGUGGUUCAGAAACCAGUAGGAUGGGUUCUAGUCAUGCAGUUAAUCAAAAUGCAAACCAGUCUUUGUGUCAGGAAGAUGAUUACGAAGAUGAUAAACCUACCAACUACAGUGAACGUUAUUCUGAGGAAGAACAACGUGAAGAAGAAGAGGAGAGACCGACAAAUUAUAGCAUAAAAUAUAAUGAAGAGAAACAUCAUGUGGAUCAGCCUAUUGAUUAUAGUUUAAAAUACGCCACUGACAUUUCUUCCUCACAAAAACCAUCAUUUUCAUUCUCAAAGAAUUCAUCAACACAAAGCACUAAAACUGAACAUAUCUCUCCAAGCAGCGAGAAUACAUCUGCACCUUCAUCUAAUUCCAAAAGACAGAAUCAGCUGCAUCCAAGUUCAGCACAAAGAAACAGUCAGACUCAAAAAGGGACUUCUUGCAAAGUCCCCACCAUCAACCAAGAAACAAUACAGACUUACUGUGUAGAAGACACUCCAAUAUGUUUCUCAAGGUGCAGUUCAUUAUCAUCGCUGUCAUCAGCUGAAGAUGAAAUCGGAUGUGAUCAACCAACCCAGGAAGCAGAGUCUGCUAAUACCCUGCAGAUAGCUGAAAUAAAAGAGAAUGAUGUAAGUCGGUCGACUGAAGAGCCUGCAAGUGAGGUUCCAGCCGUGUCCCAGAAUGCUCGACCCAAACCCAGCAGACUCCAGGCUUCUGGCUUGUCGUCAGAAUCAACCAGGCAGAAGGCUGUUGAGUUUUCUUCAGGAGCCAAGUCUCCCUCCAAAAGUGGUGCUCAGACACCCAAAAGCCCCCCAGAACACUAUGUCCAGGAGACUCCACUUGUAUUCAGCAGGUGUACUUCUGUCAGCUCACUUGACAGUUUUGAGAGUCGCUCCAUCGCCAGCUCUGUUCAGAGUGAACCAUGCAGUGGAAUGGUGAGUGGCAUCAUCAGCCCCAGCGACCUUCCGGACAGCCCAGGGCAGACCAUGCCACCAAGCAGAAGCAAAACCCCUCCCCCUCCUCCUCAGACAGUGCAGACCAAGAGAGAGGUACCAAAAAGUAAAGUCCCUGCUGCUGAGAAGAGAGAGGGUGGACCUAAGCCUACUGCUGUGAAUGCCGCAGUGCAUAGGGUGCAGGUCCUUCCGGACGCCGAUACGCUGUUACACUUUGCCACAGAAAGUACUCCAGAUGGGUUUUCUUGUUCCUCUAGCCUAAGUGCGCUGAGCCUGGAUGAGCCAUUUAUACAGAAAGAUGUGGAAUUAAGAAUAAUGCCUCCAGUUCAGGAAAACGACAAUGGGAAUGAAACUGAACCAGAACAGCCUGAAGAAUCAAAUGAAAACCAGGAUAAAGCGAUAGAAAAUCCUGACUCUGAAAAAGACUUAUUAGAUGAAUCUGAUGAUGAUGAUAUUGAAAUAUUAGAAGAAUGUAUUAUUUCAGCCAUGCCAACAAAGUCAUCACGCAAAGCCAAAAAGCUAGCCCAGACUACUUCAAAAUUACCUCCACCUGUGGCAAGGAAACCAAGUCAGCUGCCUGUGUAUAAACUUCUGCCAUCACAGAACAGGCUGCAGGCUGCACAAAAGCAUGUUAGCUUUACACCAGGGGAUGAUGUGCCCCGGGUGUACUGUGUAGAAGGGACACCUAUAAACUUUUCCACAGCAACAUCUCUAAGUGAUCUGACAAUAGAAUCUCCUCCAAAUGAGCUGGCUGCUGGAGAUGGGGUUAGAGCAGGUCUACAGUCAGGCGAAUUUGAAAAGCGAGAUACCAUUCCUACCGAAGGCAGAAGUACAGAUGAGACUCAGAGAGGGAAAAUGUCAUCUGUAGUUACCCCAGACCUAGAUGACAACAAGGCAGAGGAAGGAGAUAUUCUUGCUGAAUGCAUCAACUCUGCUAUGCCCAAAGGAAAAAGCCACAAGCCUUUCCGGGUAAAAAAGAUAAUGGACCAAGUCCAGCAAGCAUCUGUGACUUCAUCUGGAACUAACAAAAAUCAGAUAGACACUAAGAAAAAGAAGCCCACUUCACCAGUAAAGCCCAUGCCACAAAAUACUGAAUACAGAAUGCGUGUGAGAAAGAAUACAGACUCAAAAGUUAACGUGAAUACUGAGGAAACUUUCUCAGACAACAAAGACUCGAAGAAACAGAGCUUAAAAAGCAAUCCCAAGGACUUCAGCGGUAAGCUGCCACACAGUGAAGACAGGCUCCGGGGAAGCUUCGCUCUUGAUUCGCCACAUCAUUACACCCCCAUUGAAGGGACUCCGUACUGCUUUUCACGAAACGAUUCUCUGAGUUCUCUAGAGUUUGAUGAUGAUGAUGUUGACCUUUCCAGGGAAAAGGCUGAGUUAAGAAGGGGCAAAGAAAAUAAGGACUCAGAAGCCAGAGUUACCUGCCACACAGAACCAACCUCAAGCCAGCAGUCAGCGAGUAAGUCACAAGUUAGUACAACACAUGCAGUAAACAGAGGACAGUCCAAGCCAGUGCUGCAGAAACAGCCCACUUUCCCCCAGUCCUCCAAAGAUGCCCCAGAUAGAGGGGCAGCAACUGAUGAAAAAUUGCAGAAUUUUGCUAUUGAAAAUACUCCAGUUUGCUUUUCUCGAAAUUCCUCUCUGAGUUCCCUUAGUGACAUUGACCAGGAAAACAACAAUAACAAAGAAAGCGAGCCAGGCAAAGAGGCUGAGCCUACCAACUCGCAAGGAGAAGCGAGUAAGCCUCAGGCUUCUGGGUAUGCGCCCAAGUCGUUUCAUGUCGAAGACACCCCUGUGUGUUUCUCAAGAAACAGCUCUCUCAGUUCUCUUAGCAUUGACUCUGAGGACGACCUGUUGCAGGAGUGUAUAAGUUCUGCCAUGCCAAAGAAGAAACGGCCUUCAAGACUCAAGAGUGAGAGUGAGAAGCAGGGUCCUAGGAAAGUGGGUGGCCUAUUAGCUGAAGAGCUGACACUUGAUUUGACAGAUAUACCGAGGCCAGAUUCAGAGCACGGUCUAUCCCCCGAUUCAGAAAAUUUUGACUGGAAAGCUAUUCAGGAGGGUGCAAACUCCAUAGUCAGCAGUUUGCACCAAGCCGCUGCCGCUGCGUGCUUGUCCAGACAAGCGUCAUCUGAUUCAGACUCCAUUCUGUCACUGAAAUCCGGCAUUUCCCUGGGAUCGCCUUUUCAUCUUACACCUGAUCAAGAGGAGAAGCCAUUCACAAGUAAUAAAGGCCCAAGAAUUCUCAAACCUGGAGAGAAAAGCACACUAGAAGCAAAAAAAAUAGAAUCUGAAAACAAAGGAAUCAAAGGCGGGAAAAAGGUUUAUAAAAGCUUGAUUACUGGCAAGAUCCGAUCUAAUUCAGAAAUUUCCAGCCAAAUGAAACAGCCCCUUCAGACGAACAUGCCUUCAAUCUCAAGAGGCAGGACAAUGAUUCACAUACCAGGGCUUCGGAAUAGCUCCUCAAGUACAAGUCCUGUCUCUAAAAAAGGCCCACCCCUCAAGACCCCAGCCUCCAAAAGUCCCAGUGAAGGUCCAGUAGCUACCACUUCUCCUCGUGGGACUAAGCCAGCAGUGAAGUCAGAGCUGAGCCCUAUUACCAGGCAAACUUCCCAAAUUAGUGGGUCAAAUAAGGGGCCUUCUAGAUCUGGAUCUAGAGACUCCACUCCCUCAAGACCUACACAGCAACCAUUAAGUAGGCCAAUGCAGUCUCCAGGACGAAACUCGAUUUCCCCUGGCAGAAAUGGAAUAAGCCCUCCUAACAAGCUGUCUCAGCUGCCCAGAACGUCGUCUCCCAGUACUGCUUCAACCAAAUCCUCGGGUUCUGGGAAAACGUCAUACACAUCCCCUGGCAGGCAGCUGAGCCAACAGAAUCUUACCAAACAAGCAGGCUUAUCCAAGAAUGCCAGCAGUAUCCCCAGGAGUGAGUCAGCAUCCAAAGGACUGAAUCAGAUGAGUAACGGCAAUGGGUCAAAUAAAAAGGUCGAACUUUCUAGAAUGUCUUCAACUAAGUCAAGUGGAAGUGAAUCAGACAGGUCAGAAAGACCUGCAUUAGUACGCCAGUCUACUUUCAUCAAAGAAGCCCCAAGCCCCACUCUAAGGAGGAAACUAGAGGAAUCAGCCUCAUUUGAAUCCCUUUCUCCAUCUUCUAGACCAGAUUCCCCCAUCAGGUCCCAGGCACAGACCCCAGUCUUAAGCCCCUCCCUUCCUGAUAUGUCUCUGUCCACACAUCCGUCUGUUCAGGCAGGUGGAUGGCGAAAGCUCCCACCUAAUCUCAGCCCCACUAUCGAGUAUAAUGAUGGGAGACCUGCAAAACGGCAUGAUAUUGCUCGCUCCCAUUCUGAAAGUCCUUCCAGACUCCCAAUCAACCGGGCGGGAACCUGGAAGCGUGAACACAGCAAGCAUUCCUCGUCCCUUCCUCGAGUGAGCACUUGGAGAAGAACGGGAAGCUCAUCUUCUAUUCUUUCUGCUUCUUCAGAGUCCAGCGAAAAAGCAAAAAGUGAGGAUGAAAAGCAUGUGAACUCAGUGCCAGGACCUAGACAAAUGAAAGAAAACCAGGUACCCAUGAAAGGAACAUGGAGGAAAAUAAAGGAAAGUGAAAUUUCUCCCACAAACAUGGUUUCUCAGACCAAUUCCUCAGGUGCUGCCAGUGGUGCUGAAUCAAAGACUCUGAUUUAUCAGAUGGCACCUGCUGUUUCUAAAACAGAGGAUGUUUGGGUGAGAAUUGAGGACUGCCCCAUUAACAACCCUAGAUCUGGAAGAUCUCCCACGGGUAACACCCCCCCAGUGAUUGACAGUGUUUUAGAAAAGGGAAAUCCAAGCGUUAAGGAUUCAAAAGACACGCAAGGAAAACAAAGUGUGGGCAGUGGCAGUCCCGUGCAAACCUUGGGUCUGGAAAACCGCCUAAACUCCUUUAUUCAGGUGGAGGCCCCAGAACAGAAAGGGACUGAGACAAAGCCAGGCCAGAGUAACCCUGUCCCCACAGCAGAGACUGCUGAGACCUGUCUGGCAGAGCGCACCCCUUUCAGUUCAAGCAGCUCCAGCAAACACAGUUCACCUAGUGGGACUGUUGCUGCCAGAGUGACACCUUUUAAUUACAACCCUAGCCCUAGGAAAAGCAGCGCAGAUAGCACGUCAGCCCGGCCAUCUCAGAUCCCCACGCCAGUGAGCAACAACACAAAGAAGAGAGAUUCAAAGGCGGACAGCACAGAGUCCAGCGGCGCCCAGAGUCCUAAACGCCAGUCGGGGUCUUACCUCGUGACCUCUGUUUAAAAGAGCUGGAAGGACAAACGUAGGAAGGCUGGUGUUACUCACAACUGCUGUAUAGAGACUUUAUUUCAAAGAAAACUUUAAAGAUUGAACAUUUUUGUAAAUAGGUUUGAUUCUUGUCAGAGGGAUUUUGUUCUGGAAACCAUAUUUGCUAGUACACUUUGUCCUCACUGGUCAUUUUGGGAGGCACUCUUGUUAGGUAGGAGACAGUGGUCAAGCCAGUCCAUUGUACAGUGUGUUCUACAUGGAUUUAAGUAGCUUCACCCACACCAUUGUCCUUCACUUAUCGCCCAUCGUAAAUAACACUACAGAUAGAACUAUAUGAUCUAUUGCUGUUAUCAAUCAUUUUUAGAUUAUAAAAUAAACUUACAUCAGGGAGAAAUUGGUAUUUAUGCAAAAAAUUAGUCCUUGUGAACCCAUCUAAUGUCAUAAUCAUGUGACUGUGAAAUUCACAGUAAUAUGGUUCCCGAUGAAUAUGUUUACCCAGCCUGCUUUGCUUUACUGCAUGAAUGAAACUGACAGUGGUUCAAUUUCAGAAGUAACGAUUAAUGAUUCUGUGAUCACAUGGUGUGCAUAGAGAUAGCUACAGUGUAACAAUUCACACUAUUUUGUGCUCAAAUCUGUGUAACUGUAAAGCAUUGAAUGAAACUAUUUUAACGGAACUAGAUUUUAUCAAAAGUAGGUAGAGUUUUUGCUAUGCUGUAACUGUUGUAUAUUCUGGUAUUUGAGGUGAGACGGCUGCUCCUUUAUUAAUGAGACAUGAGUUGUGUCUCAAACUAAAUGAACAUUUCAGAAUAAAUUAUUGCUGUAUGUAAACUAUAACUGAAAUUGGUAUUUGUUUGAGGGUCUUAUUUCACAUUUGUAUUAAUAACUGUCAAAAGGGCCUCUUUUAAAAGCUAAAUGUAAAUUUUUUCUUCAGAUUCUAUGCAUUAAGAGUAAAAUUUCCUCUUGCUGUAAUAAAGACAAUUGAAGAAGAUUGUUGACACUUAACCAUUCCUAAAAUUUAUUUUUAUGUAAUUAGCACCUCUCAAUGUUUAGUAUUUUUCCACUUUUUUUCUUACUCCUUUGGAGUUUAAUUAAAACAAAUGCCUAUAAUAGCACAAGACUAGGCACUGGACAUAUAGGCCAACAUAGAAUAUCUCCUUUUUCCUUAAUAGAAUCCAUACUUGAAAAACAUUGAUUUCUGACAGGUACCAGUUUUGUCUUUCAGGCUUUCCAGUGCACUGUCUUACCCCAUCAUCUCUGUAUUGAUACUGGGUCUGAAAUAACUACCAAUCUUAUAUAUUAAGGCAGAUUUUUUUGCAACCAGGCAUAAUCAGUAUUUUCUUACGCUCAGAAAAUACAAGUUAGUAAAAUGUUAGAGAAAUGUAAUGCUGUUAUGAUAAUAUUACAAGAAAAAUUCAGAAGAGAGCCAGUGAAAUGGCUUAGUGGGUAACGGUGGUUGCCUCCAAGCCCGAAGGCCCAGUCCAAUUCACAGGAUGCACAUGGGAAAGGAAAGAACCAACUCCCUAAAGUUAUCCUCUGCCCUCCACACCUGUCUUAGCACAUCUGCAUGUGUGCACACACAAAUUUCUGAAGUUAUUCAUAGGAAUAUUUAGGCCUAACAAGAUGGCUCAGCAGGUAAAGCCUGAUGAUCUGAAGUCUGUCCCCAGAAUCCAAAUAAAAGUGUAAACUGCCCUCUAACCUCCACACAUGCUCCAUAAUUAAUAGAAAGUCAAAAGUGUUUAAUUCCUACCUGCUAAGGACAGGUUGGGAUGUUACUAAGUGCCCACUGCCCAUCUGGCAGAGGGCAUCCUUCACAGAGGAGAAUACACUGACACACUUAGUAGCCAAGAGUUUCAGUUUUUGCCAGACUUUGAGGUUGUUUUGUAACAGUAUCCAUGCUGUCCUCCACGGCUGCUGGAAGCAGGGGGUGAGGACAGAGCUCUACCUGUUUUUCCUUCGUUCCUAAUUCUCCAUUAGAAUUACUGCACGUUAAUGUUUAUAAAGCACUUAAAGUGUUUUUGUGGAAAGAGAUGAGGUUUUAGUUAGAAUAAAACUGCCUUUUAAUUCAUGUUUUAGGAAACUAAUGUUGGAAGUAAAAGAAGAGUCCAUUCCACCUAUUGGAGACUAAAUUCCCAUGGACAGCCCUACUGGGAAGGGGGCUGUCUUGGUUGUCCCUUGAAGAUGAAGUUGUUGGAUGAAACCCUUUGGCUAGAAAUGAUGGCUAUGAAAAUAAAGGGGUUAACCUUAGUUAAGCUUUGAGAAGUUCACUGGGUGAUUCCUUAACUGAUAGCAGGCCAAGUACUCCUCGCUUUUGCUUGUUUCAGACGGCACACUAAGCCCUGUAUUGGGGAUCAGUUACUAGUCAGGAUGCUUAUUAAAAGGGCAAGAGCCUACUUAGCGUUGGACUGCAGCAAAGAAAGCCUAAGGUAGCAAUUUCAAACAGGUGUGUUUGGAUCGCCAGAAGUGUCUAUUAGAUCAUAGCUGGGCACAUACCCCCAGUUGGAUAGAGUUGAUCUGGAGAGGGCUACAAGAAUUUGCUUCUCUAAUAUAUUUAGGGAUGGUGAGUGGUAUGUGGGCUUCUGGUAUAGGGACCAUCCUUGGGGAAUUACUGUCCUAAGUAGGCACGGCACAACUCUUAAUAAGCAAAUGAGUUUUUAAUCCACCAAGUAAAACCUCCUUGGCAUGAAUAACUUGAAUACUGAGUUCUCCAGUCUUGUAGCUGAUACCAACUCACAGUAGGGAGUAAACUCACCGGACUAAUGAAUAGGAAAUUCAGGGUGCCCACUGCCUCUGGGGAUCAGCUCUUGUCCCCGUUGAAAUGACUGCUGUUAAAAGGGAUGGGAGGAGAUGCUUAGCUUCCAUGGGAAGAUUGAUUGUAAGUGAAAGGAAACUAAUCAAUUUGUUAGUACACAGUAAAAGUGAUUAAUUGAUGAAAAAAUUUAUAUUUGAUAAUGAACUUUACAAAUUACCAGGGUACUAACUAGGUAAAUAAAAGAUAAUCCCUGUAGGUAUCAACCAGCAAUAAGUAAUGUCAGAGUUUUCUUUAUAGUGUAAAAUGUGGAUCGUGUUACCACAAAGUUAAUUGAAAGAUGACUUUCUUGGUAAAAAUGGGAGAGGUUGCCAGGGUUUCUUUGCAGUUAAGAAAAGGAAAAAAUUAAACUGUCCAAAGCUAAAGGGUUUACAUGGUCAGAUAAUUCAGAUAUACCAAACAACUUUUCAAGAGUCAAGGCUGAAAUAGAGUGAAUAUUCUUCCUCGUUUUCUAGUAAGCCUAUUUCCCUUGUGUGCUAACCUUAGAAUACUACUUUGUAACGUGGAACUCUAUGAACUGUGACUUCUGUAAACCCAGGUCAUUUUCCUCCUGUUCUAACUCUGGUCUAUAAAAAUACGUUCUGCAUUUUGUUAGGCCAUUGAUGCAUCUUUCAAACUGUAUGUUCUGUGUGUAUAAUACUGUUCUUGGUGCUAAAUAGACUUUCUUUCCUCUGAUAUUCAGGAUAAUUUUUCUCUAUACUUCUGUUCACUUGUUUUCUUGAAGUUAUCUAUUGUUAUUUUUAAUUAAAAAUACUUAAUGUAUACUAGUGAAGGCUGCCAUUGAAUACUAGAAAGAAAUAUCUCUUGAAAGAAAUUACCUGUCCAUUUACACCUUCUCUUGGGACCUAAACACUAAGGUUCCACUGAUGAACCACUGAACCUCGUACCCAGUCUUUCCCCUGAUCAUGCCUAUACCUGAAGAUCUAUAUUGUCUGCCUUAGAUUAAAACUAAAUUGACUAGUUUAGUCAAUUCGAAGUAAAAGUCACAGAUUUCUUUUCU